AUGGCAGUUUCAAUUCAAACAUUUUUAACAGGAAAGAUCCUCUAUAGCUAUGUGGAUGGUUCGGUAGGCAAACCAAAGGAUGAAAAAGAACUCCUAUCUUGGACCACAAAUAAUUCGAAGGUGGUCACAUGGAUCCUUAACAGUGUUGAGAGCAACAUUGCAAUUAACCUCACGUCAUUCGAGACUGCAUCUGAAAUAUGGGCUUACUUAAAAAGGUGUUAUCAACAAUCGAAUCAUGCCCGUCGCUAUCAAGUAGAGUAUGAGUUGUCAAAAUUACAACAAGGAGCUUUGAGUAUACAAGAUUUCUAUUCUAAACUUACCACCUCCCUUUGGCACGAGAUUCAACUUAUGGAUCCAGUUAUUCCCGUUGCGGCGGUUGAGACAGUAAAGAUACUUCGUGACACAAGUAAAUUGAUACAAUUUCUGUAUAAACUCCGUUCGGAGUUUGAACCAACCCAAGCCACUCUGAUGAACCGGCCUCAACUUUCAUCUCUUGAAGCAGCUCUAUCUGAUUUGAUGGCAGAAGAAACAUGUUUAAAAACUCUUGCUUCCAUGAGAGAGGUUGUUCUUGAUGCUGCCUUCAUUACUCACAAUUUUUCAGGAAAGUUACGAGACAUGUCGAAAGUAAAAUGUUUUGAGUGUAAUGGUUUUGGUCAUAUGGUUGCCCGUUGUCCCACAAGAAAGCAAAUAGGAAUUCCUCUAGACCAAUUACUCUGUUUUGUCAGUAUUGCAAAUAAGAAGGACAUGAGAUAG